UUGAAAAUCAGAAGACGUUCUCAAUAUAUAAAUGAACAGCUAAAAAAAAAAUCCUCGCAAAUGAUGGGUGCAGCUUCAGCUGAUUUACUGACCAUUAUUCCAUACAAGGCGGACUUUUGGAGUAACCAAACUAACCCAGCCAUAAAUGCCUCGGAAAUUCAAAACAAUGCCACUUGUCCCUUAGAUGAGAACUCACUGUCACUUGCUUUGAUAGUUUUUUAUUCUAUUAUUUUUGUUGUUGGAUUGGUUGGAAAUAUUAUAGCCCUGUUUGCUUUCCUGUGCAUUCAUCAGAAAAGGAAUUCUAUCCAAGUUUACUUGCUAAAUGUAGCCGUUGCAGACCUUCUCCUGAUCUUCUGUCUUCCAUUCCGAAUACUCUACCAUCUUUCUUUAAGAGUGAGAACAGUAAUUCUACUAUGUGCUUUCAUUACCGAAAUAAGCAGAACGCAAAGACAGAAGCAAUUUUAAAUUACAUUAUUGUAAUAAUUUUUUGGAUAGUUUUUUUCCUUUUGAUACUUUCAUAUGUUAAAAUUGCUAAGAACCUUCUGAAAAUUUCAAGGAAAAGAGCAAAUUUUCCCAACGCAGGAAAAUACACACAGACAGCAAGAAACUCCUUCAUUGUGCUUAUUAUUUUCACCAUCUGUUUUGUUCCUUACCACAUGUUCCGGUUUGUCUACAUUACAUCACAGUUACAAAAUCCAUCUUGUCACUGGAAGGAAAUCAUUCACAAAUGCAAUGAGGUGAUGCUCAUAUUCUCAUCUUUUAACAGCUGCUUAGACCCAGUUAUGUAUUUCCUAAUGUCC